AUGAAAUCAUUUCAACAAGAUGUGUUGGAAGAUUACAAAAUUAAUGUCACCAAACUUCAAGUUUGUAGGGCAAAGAAGCUAGCCAGAGAUUUAAAUGAAGGUACUUUCAAAGAACAAUAUGCUAGAUUGUGGGAUUAUGCAGAAGAAUUAAAAACUACAAACAAGGGUAGUACAAUGAAGAUUAAAACUCAGAUUGUGAAUGGUGAGACAGUACCUGUUAUUGGUGUUGAUGGUUGCCAUUUGAAAGGGCCUUAUCCUGGACAGAUCUUGAUGGCUAUUGGGGUGGAUGGGAACAAUGAUUUAGGGAUUACAAAUGGACAAGCUUGGGUAGUGAUUAUUGACAAACAAAAGGGACUUCUACCUGCCAUUGAGAGAGUACUUCCAUCUGUAGAGCAUAGGAUGUGUGUGAGACACUUGUACAGUAACUUUAAGGCAUCACAUAUUGGUCUUGCUUUGAAACAUAUAUUAUGGGCUGCAGCAAGAGCUACAACUGUGCCUUGGUGGGAGGCAGAAAUGGAGAAGAUGAAAAAUGAGGAUGAGGAAGCAUGGAAGUGGUUGAAUUUCAAUGCAGCCAUACUAGAUGCAAGGGAUAAGACAAUUUUGAGUUUCUUGGAGAGGAUAAGGGUGUAUGUGAUGCUUAGGAUGGCUAGUAGGAGGUCUGCAUGUCAGAAUUGGAGAUACUCUGUUGGGCCUAGGAUCUUCAAGAUAAUUGAGAAGAACAAGCUAGGUUCAUCACAAUGCAUUCCUAGAUUGGUUGGUGAGAAAUUGUAUCAAGUGAGCCACAUUUAUGGUGGAGAAUUUGUUGUAGACCUUAGAGCAAAGACAUGCUCUUGUAGGAGGUGGAAUUUAUGUGGAAUACCAUGUCCCCAUGCAAUCUCAGCAAUAGAUGUGAAAACCCAAUUGCUUAUGUGGAUGGUUGUUAUAAGCUGGAGACUUAUAUGA